UGAACACGGAUGCCACUGCCCUUUCCUCAGGACGGCACGCAAGGAAAACAUGAGUUUUGAUGGAGACACACUAUCAGUGAUUGAAAACCCGGUGGCUGUGAGUCAUCCUUUUCACUCAGAGACAACAGCGGGAGUUGCAGGAACCAAAGGAGCCCAGGGCUGGUUGAAGGGCAAUCCUUCUACGACUCACGCUCACAGAUUGGUGAGGCUGCUGGCAGCGGCGUGUGCCGUCGGACUCCUGGGAGGCUUAGUUGUAGGUGUCUGGUUUCUAGUCAAACUUCUUCUGAGACCAUCCUCUUCCCAGACACCAGUAGGACUCGGCGAUACAAAGGAGACAUCGUUCUGUAAUGUCACGGAGGAUGUUUCUAUCUCUGAUCCGAGGAAAGUGUUUUAUAGAAUCAGCCAAGAGAACUCCCUCCUGGAGAUCCAGCUGGAGAAGCUGCCGACCUGGCUGCCAGUGUGCUACGAGAGGUGGAACUCCUCGCUGGGAACACUGGUCUGCAGACAGCUGGGUUAUCUGAGACUGACCAAGCAUAAAGGAGUAAAUCUAACAGAUAUUGGGCCAAACUACACUGACGGCUUUAUUCAAAUUACACCAGAGCACAAGAGCAGUCUGGAAAAUAUGUGGCAGUUAAGGGGAAGCUGUAUCACAGGGAAGGUUAUCGCUUUACAAUGUUUUGAGUGUGGGACACGAGCAAAGCUGCCCAGGAUAAUAGGGGGAGUUGAGGCCACGCUGGGCAGGUGGCCCUGGCAGGUCAGCCUCUACUACAGCAACCGUCACACCUGCGGAGGCUCCAUCAUCACCAGACAGUGGAUAAUCACAGCUGCCCACUGUGUGCACAACUACAGGCUACCUCAGGUGUCCAGCUGGUCGGUCUACGCCGGCAUUGUGACCCGCAGCUCGGCCAAAGUGGCCCAGCACACAGGAUAUGCUGUGGAGAAGAUCAUCUACAACAAGGACUACAACCACCGGAGCCACGACAGCGAUAUAGCCCUGAUGAAGCUGCAAACACCACUCAAUUUCUCAGACACAAUCAGGCCCAUCUGCCUGCCGCAGUAUAACUAUGAUGUCCCAGGUGGCACACAAUGCUGGAUUUCUGGAUGGGGAUACACACAACCUGAUGGGGUACAUUCACCUGACACUCUGAAAGAGGCGCCAGUUCCUAUAAUAAGCACAAAGAAAUGCAACAGCUCUUGCAUGUACAAUGGAGAAAUCACACCUCGGAUGCUUUGUGCAGGAUACACAGAAGGGAAAGUGGAUGCAUGUCAGGGAGACAGUGGCGGGCCUCUGGUUUGCCAGGAUGAAAAUGCAUGGAGGCUGGUAGGGGUAGUGAGCUGGGGAACGGGCUGCGCUGAGCCAAACCACCCUGGGGUUUACACCAAAGUGGCUGGAUUCUUGGGCUGGAUCUACGACAUGAUUGAGAAUUACUGAGAAUGGAUCAAGAAACACAAGAAGAAGAUACUGCUAACAGAACUGUUUGAGACAUUUGACAACUAUAGUUAACAUAUUUAUAUUUUAAAUGUCAGUUAUAAAAUGUACAGAUAAUCAGAGUGGAAAUAUUGAAUACAUUUUUACGUUAUAUUUUUCGUGUAUUGAGUAAAUUAUGCCACUUUAAACACAGUGUUGAGGGUGAUUCUUUACCCGUAGUUGCGCCGUGCACCACUAGGGGGCGACUGUGUCAUGUCGUUUCCAUAGCAACUGCAAACAUUAACCAAGUAAGUGUUGUUUGAGACAACGU